UUGUUUUUUUUAUUUUUUUUCUUUUCUGUCAUGUACAAUACAUAGUAAAUAGUAAUAGUAAUAAAAUAAUUUUAUUAAUAGAUUUUAGCCGAUUUUAAUUUAAAUUUUCAUAAAAUUUUCAAGUGAUGAUCGUACUUUGUAUUACUCAUCUCACGUCACAAUGAAAAAUCAAUCGGAAAGUGAUUUCAAAUCUAAAUUUCACUUGUUAAACUCUCAAGAAAACUCCGAAGAGAUCGUUUGGUCAUCCAGUGAUUCAAGUGACUACGAAAAUAAAUAUUUCAAUGAAAACUUUACAAGAGUUAAGCAAACUGUAAAUAGGAAGAGGAAACGGGGCGAAAGAAGAAAGAAAAUCUCAACAAACACGUGCCCUUUAAAUAUUACCUUUGUUAACACGUCUUUGGAAGAUAAAAGUGAAAGAAAUUGUGCAAAGUCACCUAUUUUACAGAAAGCUAAUUUAUCACCUAUUUUAACAGAACGUCAGCAAUAUUUUGCACCUAUGCAGAAGGUAUUAAACUCGCCUAUAUUAGCUUGUAACAGUAAAAAGUCUACUUGUAUAGAAACUACUGCAAGCAGAAGUCCUAUUAUAGACUUAAAGCUUGAAUCUCCGAAAGUCUCGCCCAGAGUUCGAAAAAAACUUUUUAGCAACAAUAAUAACAUUGAAAUUAAACCGAUAAAUAAAGAAAGUGCGAGAAGUAAAUCUCCAGUAUUGAAUUGUAGUAAAAAUACAAAAAAAUCAAGACCUAAAGACUCUAUAAUUCAAAAUAAUUCUAUAAAGUUUCACAACAACAUCACACAAGAUAUAGUAAAUAAUGAAAAUAAAGUCUUAAACCAUAAUAUUCCACUGGAGGAUGAAAUAACAUUUGAUAAAAAUUUAAAUGAUACAUUGUCAAGUAAAAUGUCAAGUGUGGGAUUGCUUGAGAGGGUUAAGUCAUAUUUUGAUGGGCAUUUUAGUUCUGAAACCCCAUCGCUACAGUCCAUAAGUGAAUAUGAUACUUCACCAAAAGAAACUUCUAAAACCAGUGAAGAAAUUGAAAUAAUCAACUCUCAAACUGAAGCUAAACAUUUACCUGAGAUUGUAAUGUUAGAAAAUAGGUCAUCAUCAGAUAGUUUGAGAAGUUUUGAGUUUCGUGAAUAUAAAUCUAAGAAGGUUCGAUACAAAAAGGGCGGACUGGCAUAUCGUCUCAAUUCUUUAUUAAAAAAACAAAAAGCUAACAUUAGUCUAUGGCAGCAUGAAAGAUUUUUAGCAGCUAACUCGAAUUUUGUAAUACCCAAUGACAACUUCACUGCAUUCCAUAUUCAAAAUGUUACUUUUCAAUAUGGCUGCUAUGUAUUACAAGUUAUAGAUGUAAUGGAGAAGAAAUAUGUCAUUGUAAUUAAUAAUUUAAAUAUGAAUUGCAACAAUUUAGAACAAUUCAAUGUUUUUAAACUCUACAAACCUUUCAGUAUCAUAGAUUAUAAUUCAGAGUAUCAGCUUAUUGUAAAUGUCAGUAAAUUUGAAUGUACUGAUAUAAGUAAAUAGUAUGUAUAUAAUAUACUAUAAACAUGUUACUGUAUGUGCCAUAUUAUUAUUAUUAUUAUAGGACUGAAUGUUACCUAAUAGUUAAACAUUCAAAGAAUACUUUUUUAAAAUGGACAUUAAUUAUUUUGAAAUAUCAAUUUUAUAAGCAAAACCCUUUGGGUGGCCUUAAUAUAAAUGUUAUUUUUUGUAUGGACAAUAAUAUGAAAACAUUUUAAAUUGCAA